AUGUCGCAACUCUAAUGACCGCGACUGUACAUCUACCUUUCUACUUACAUAAUGACUCGAAUACCACAUGGUAGAAACAAAUUUUGCUAUCUCUCUUGCAUUCCGGUAGCCGAACGGAUCAGUCCAUUCUCUGUACCAUUAAAGAUUCAUUUUGUCAGGGUUGAGAUACCCAGAGAACAAAUCUCCUAUAUUGUCGAAUUCACCUAACAACGAAAGAAAGAUGGAAGCGGCGGCCGAAAACGUCUCCGUUACACAGCAAUGUUACAAGUGUUUCAAUAUUCUCCGUGAAAUCGAGUUAUCGAAUCAGGAGCUAGAGCAAGAUACAGAACAAAAGAUAGAGAAUUUCAACAUUGCUCUAGAAGGUUAUCAAAAGCUUCUAAGAAAAUGCACCGCGGAAAGAUGUUUGCUGGAGUCCGAGAAUUUCCAAUUGAAGGGGGAGAUUUUUCAUAUCAAGGCCAAGUACGAGAACAAUCUGUCCAACACGCAGGAGGCUCUCAACAGUACAUAUGACAAAUUAAGCUUUUCCGAAGCGAAUACUAAAUCCCUGCAAGAUAAAAACACGGAUCUCGAAGCGAGGUAUAUGCUGGAGUCCGAGAAUUCCCGAUUGAAGCAAGAGGUCUCUAAUAUCAAGGCCAAGUACGAGAACGAACUAUUCAACAUGCAGGAGACUCUCAACGAAGCACAUAACAAAUUAAACUUUUUCGAAGCGAAUAUUAAAUCCCUGCAAGAUAGAAACAAGGAUCUCGAAGCGAGAUUGCAACAGAUGUCCUUGGAACUACAAAAUAAAGACGCAUGUAUAUACAAUACAAAGAUAUUGGAGUCGCGUUAUAGUCAUAGUUUGCAGUUGCAAGUUGAUCAGUUAAAAGUGGAGCUGGCUGAGAAAAAACACGAAUUGUCACUAUCAAAACAACUGCUGGUUGAACAAUUUAAGGAGCAAAACAAUCUUGAGAUGAAGAUUUUUAACCUCGAACAGGGAAAUCAACAAAGGGCCUGUUUAAAACCUGAUUCAGACUACACGCAGCAAGUAGAGAUGGAGAAUUAUCGAUAGCACUAUCGAUUGUUAUCGAUAAUUUUAGUUAUCAAGAGCCAUCGAUAGUUUUUUUACCAAUUAUCUGAAGUUUCUGAAGAAGAAUCAGUGGCUCUUUUCAUAAAACAAUAUUUUUAAUUACCUACAUAAGAUUAUUAUUUAGUGUUAUUUGGUAUUAU